AUGGAGCCCGCGGUGGCCGUGAGGCGCCGCAGCAGAGUCUUCACCCUUCUUUCCUCCCUGCCAGUUGCUACAACAGUCCCGGUAAGUUACAGCAAAGAAACGGAAUUGAAAACGACCCUGGUAGAGCUGCUCAUCUACAUCACGUUCCUGGUAACCCUCAGCCUCAUGACCUUCGGCAUGGUGAGCACCAACAUGUAUUACCUGAAUAAGGUGAUGGAAGAUCUCUUUGUGGAACAGCCCUACUCCGAAAGCGACGGGAUUAAUUUCAGGAGUAUCAGGAGCCACGCCGAUUUCUGGAAAUUUGCAGAGGGGCCGCUCUUGGAUGGGCUCUAUUGGAACACAUGGUAUGACAACAGAACGAUGACCGACCUGAAAAACACCAGCUACAUUUUCUAUGAGAAUUUACUGUUAGGAGUAGCCCAGAUCCGCCAGCUGAAGGUGCGCAACAACACCUGCACCAUCUACCCCUACUUCCAGCCUUUCCUGAAGAGCUGUUACUCCCACUACAGUUACCAAGCUGAAGACAAGUCCGACUUUGGUCUGAAGAAUGAAUCUGAAUGGAAAUAUGUUUCUGCCUCCUCUUUCUCCCCGUGGUACUGGGGAUCUGUGGGCUUUUACAGAAGUGGAGGAUUUAUAUUCACCUUACCGAGAUCGAAGCAGGAGAGCAUGGAGAAGCUGGCGUUUCUCAGAAAGAAUGGUUGGAUCACUCGGGGAACCAGAGCUGUAUUUAUUGACUUCUCAACAUUUAAUGCUAACAUAAACCUCUUCUGUGUAGUCAGGUUGGUGGUGGAGUUCCCUGCCACUGGGGGUGCUCUCACCUCCUUUCAGAUACACUCCGUGAAGCUCCUCAGAUACGUCUCCUAUUAUGAUUACUUCUUGGCUUCUUGUGAAGUUGCCUUUUGCCUCUUCAUCGUUACAUUCAUAAUCCAGGAAGCAAUAGAAAUAACAAAACUGAAAAUGAAAUAUUUCAGAAGUGCCUGGAACUGGCUGGAUAUGCUGCUGAUAGUGGUAUCCAUCCUUGCCAUUUGCUUCAAUAUCUACCGCACUAUAGAAGUGUCCCUGCUGAUGGAAGACCUCCUUUCUAAUGCUCACGUUUACCCAGAUUUCUAUUUCCUUGCAUUCUGGCAAGUCAUUUAUGAUAACAUGAUUGCUGUCAAUGUCUUCUUUGCUUGGAUAAAGAUAUUUAAGUACGUAAGUUUUAGCAAAACCAUGACACAGUUGUCAUCCACUUUAUCUCGCUGUGCCAAGGACAUCAUUGGAUUUGCCAUCAUGUUCUUCAUCAUUUUCUUUGCCUAUGCGCAGUUCAGCCACCUCGUCUUCGGGUCACAAGUCAGUGACUUUUCUACUCUUCAAAACUGCAUUUUCUCACAGUUUCGUAUUGUGCUGGGAGAUUUUAAUUUUGAAAGCCUAGAAGUAAACAGCAUCCUUGGACCUAUUUACUACAUCUCAUUUGUGUUCUUUGUGUUCUUUGUCUUGCUGAACAUGUUCCUAGCGAUUAUAAACGACACCUAUUCGGAAGUCAAAGCAGACUUCGCAGUGAUUCCCAAUCAAGAAUUUCACAUCACAGACCUCUUCAGACAGAGCUACAAUAAAGCCCUUGUCAAGCUCAAAUUGAGAAAACCAGAUAGAGACCUGGCAGAUGAGAACCUGGAAAGCAAGGAAUUUCCACCCACUAAAAGAAAGGAUAUUUCCAAGCCUUCCAAAGGAGGCAGCGCUCAUGAGAAGAGGCAUCCGAAGCCACCGAAGUUACAGAAAGGGAAAGAGAGCCUUCAUCACUCCGACUCCGUCGCUGCUUCUCAGAGCUCUGUCUUCCCUGAAGAAUUUCAGCGGCUCCUCAGACGUACAUCUGAGUUGGAGAAGGAAUUAAACAACGCUAAUGCAAAACUCAGUAGGAUUAUGAAAAGCAUGCAACACCUGAAGGAUGCUUCAGGCAAGACAGCACAGUAAAACGGACGAGCUCAUCUGGUAGCAGAGAUGGCCUUCUUCAUACAGCUGAGAUCCAAAGUCAAGAAAGAACAACCCCACACCUUUACAAUUUUUAUGUGUUUAUAUUGGUGUAUAAACAGUAGAACUGUUAUUAAAGUUACUAAUGUAAUUUCACAAUCUGGUCUGCGAGUUUCACAUAGUUCUUCAACCUUGCUCUCACCAGACUUCUGAGUAGAUAUCCCUACAGAUUUCUUAACCAGCUGCCUCAUUUUGGAGCUGCUGUGAGCCAUGAUACAAGCUAGAGGCUCUAGUAAACUCUAGUAACCAAGAGAGCUGAUAGCAAACCACGUUCAUCUCUCUCAGUCUCUAGCUAUGCAGCCCAACCUAAUGUUUAAUUAUCAAGUAACAGUCCAACACAUGGCUCAUUGACCCUGACUCCCCAAGACCACUUUCUUUAGCUCACACACUGCUAGCAAUGGCAAUGCUUCUUUCUCAGCCAUUCUUUCAGGCACCCAUUGCUUCCAUCACCGCCAGCCCCCGCACCUCCAAAGCAGAAUUCAUCUUUCAGAAAAUAAAAGUCUUAGUUCUGAAUGCCUGGAACCGCUAGAGGGCAUUGUGUUCCAAACCUGAAUUCCUAGGAAAAAUUCUUUUUAUUCCAUUUAUACCCAUUGCCUUAGAGACCUGCUGUUACCUUCCAGCCAGACACGAUCUACCCAUACACAGCUGUUAAUCCACUCAUACGUAGCUACAAAUAUUUGUUCUUUGGAGAGAUUCAGCCACAGGAAGAAACAAAACAGAAUAAAACACAUCCAAACACCAUCUGAGCAUGCCAUCACCAUGCUAUGAAUAAUCCAUUUGUCAAGAGAAGAAGUAUCCUCCUGUCCAGAAGUGUGUGCAAUGACAGCGUUUGCUGGCCACAAACACAGCAGUAACUGCUACGCCCGCUGCUUAUUUCGAGGCUUAGAGAUGAUUAUAGGUGAGAGACAAUCACAUUCUGCUCAUCAGCUGCAGCUGUAUUCACUGGCAGUGAAUUAAUCAGCUUUCUGCCCAGACACCUCCCAGAGUGGCGACUGCAGGAACAGAAACGAUCAGGACUCACAGUUUGCCCCUGUACCAUCGCAGCCCAGACUGGCAAUUUAGCAGGACCUGCAGCCCCCACUGCAACGUGCCACAGUUAGACGAGGAGCCAACGUGGUCCCUUGGCUGCAGUCUCUGCUGAGAGGCACAGUCUAAGGAGGUAAAAUGAGGCUUAAGCUGCUGCAGCUUCAUUAAGGGCUGUCUCAGCACCAGAGCCGGUAGCUCUGCUGGCAGGCUGUGACUCUGAGCAACAGACACUACAAACACAAACCAGAAUCCUGAAGGACUCAGCACUUGUUUUCAAGAGGUGGUAGAGGGGGAAAAAAGCAUGACGAGGAGCAAAGAUAUAUGACAAUAAAGGUUAAGGUAUUUUUAUUAUAAAAGUCUAUACAAUGAGCACCAGACAUAGCAAUGCAAUUACAUCUGGUUUAGUUAUAUAUAUAUUCCAUAUCUAUAUAUCCAUAUAGAUAUAUAGGUUUUGCUUUUACCAAAGUAAAACUGUUAUAUCACAAAAUGCCUAAUUCUACCAUUUAUUUAUUGCUCAACAAGGAUGGCACAAAACACACUCAUAGCAUAACUGUUGCCAUGCUUAUCUACUAUACUGAAUAAACAGCCAAACACCGCAUAACAAACACAAAGCAGCUGUUAAUUCUGAAUUGGAAUCAGUCUGGUCACUCACUCACUUAUAAAAAUAUUGGAAUCAUAUAGAUUUAAGCAUUAUAAAGGAGGAAUAUAUUAUUUAAAACAUUUAAAUAGUGCAUAUUGACAUUCUGCAUGUGGUAUAUAAAACACAAACAUUCAUGUACAACGCUAUACAGUAACAUUAGUUUCAAUGUUGGAUACACCCGUGUCUGCAGACUGAUAGAAAAGGAACUGAAGUGUACAUUGCACAGUGAAACUGAAUCAAAUUGAUCAAUGGUCUCAGGAUUAGUUGAACCUCACAAUUCCCUACGGUCCCACAUCAUUUUGCCAUUACAAAAAAAGGCAUACCACCAGUGCUCAAUAGUUUUAGUGCUUUUCUUCUCAAUUCCAAAAUUACAUGUCUACAAGCAGAAUAAAACAAAACAGGAAGUAUUCUACA